AGAACCAAAGGGGAGUGUUGUGGCCCUUGGAAACAAACAGUUUCUGUUUGUUCUCAGCAAACAUUUUAUCAGCUGAGGAACAUGCUGUUUUAGCACAGUGAGUAAGAACAAAAUGGACUGAAGUGUAAACAAACAUUAACGCAGGCAGUCCCGGGCCCUGUUUCAGAAAGGCGGGUUAACAAGCUCUGAGAAGGCAGUUACUCUGAAUAAACCUGCCUGGCUCUCUGAUACUCUGGGUUUUCAGACGAGGAGAACCUCACUUAAAAUAAGCAUUGCUGCUUCCCACUGGAAUGAUACCUUUCAAUGAUGCCAAAAGGAUAAUAUCAAAACAUAUUUUGAUAUGCUGCAAUACCAACAGUGUUUGUAGUUUCAAUUCACAAUUAUCUACAGUCCGACGGUGGGAGGGCUCUUGUUUAAAAAGCUACAUUAUUCAAUAUAAUUCACUUAAAACUGAACAAUUUGUGCUCGAUACCAAUAACAUAAAACAGGAAAAAUGAUAUUUAAUGCAGAGCACAUGCCCGAGAUAGAAACGCCGUUUCUGAAACUUUCCUUGUGCCAGCAAAAUGAUGGGACAAACUCAGGAUUUCCUCAAACAAUCCUGCUGCCGCGCAGAGAUGGUUCGCGAUAAGUAAGUUGCGGUUAAAAGCGGACUCAGAAUAACAGCUGUCUGGCUGAAACCGAAAACCCAUAGUCAACUUGAAACUUACUCAGGAUUUUCACUCAUCCUGCUUUCUGAAACGGGGCCCCAACGUCCUUCUGACAGCGCUGGAAGGACCUUCAGAAGGAGUGGUGACUGGUGCGUCAGAAGGCAUAGGAAGAGCUUAUGCAUUUGCACUUGCUGACCGAGGAAUGAAUGUCGUCAUCAUGAGUCGAACCAAAGCAACGCUGGAAAAGGUGGCAGAGGAAAUAGGUGAAACCACAGGACGGAGGGUGAAGGUGAUUGUGGCAGACUUCAGUGAGGAGAGUGUCUUCAGGGAAAUAGAGGAAGAGUUAAAAGACCUUAACAUUGGCGUUUUAGUUAACAACGUUGGGGUGCUCCCCACCUUCGUUCCCUGUAAGUUUCUCGAUUCUGAGGAGCUGGACAAGACAAUAACGAAGGUGAUAAACUGCAAUGUGAAAACGUUGUGCAAGAUGUGCAAAAUAAUCCUCCCAGGCAUGGAGAACAGGAAUAGAGGGGUGAUCAUCAAUGUUGCUUCGGGAAUUGCUUCUUUUCCCUUUCCACUCUAUACCCUUUAUGCUGCAUCAAAGGUCUUUGUGGAAAGAUUUUCUCAAGGUCUCCAAGCAGAGUACAGAGAUAGCGGGAUCAUCAUACAGGCAGUGGCUCCUUUCGGGGUCUCCACUCGGAUGGCGGGUUUCCAAAAGACGAACAUGGUGACUCUGCUGCCAGAAUACUUUGUGCAAAAAUCCCUGCAGUACGUCAGAGCUGGAGACAAAAUCAACGGCACUGUCUGCCACACACUCCUGGCCUGGCUGCUGCAGUCUAUUCCUCUUAAGCUUUUCUACGCUGAGAUUGUGCUGCAAGGCUUACAGGACUACGUUAAAAAGAAAACAGGUCAGAGGGAGUCACUUUCUGAGUCAAAAAUGGAAUCUAAGAACGGUAUGAAAAAAUAGGAACACAUAAAAUUGUUGAAUCCACUUUUAAUUAUAGAACUGAUGGAUGCUGUGAACAACAGAAGGAGCUGAUUAUUAUGAUUUUUUUGUGUGCUUUUAUAUUUACAUAUUUAUGGCUAAAAUUAUAAAGACCUACGACUUAUUGUCAUUUCCAAAUGUGUGAAAACAAACCCUCAGAAAAUGAAGCAUAACUCACUAAUGCACAGCUAUAUAGUAGCUAUAUAGUACAAACUGUUUAAAGCUAGUUUUGUCAUAAUUUCUGUUUCUUUGUGUUUUAUGUCCUGAUUUAUCAAACUAUGUUGUAUCUGCUAUAGUGUUGUUCAAAUAGAUGUCAGGUGAAUGUAUCACAAGCUAUUAAAAAUAAAAUGCAGCUCUGUAUAACUCGUCA